UUCUUUAUUUCUCCAUUCAUUUCAACAAUGCAAAUCUUCAUCGAAAAUCCCGGCGCAUUUAAUCCCAGAAAUUUCCGCGAACGAAUCAAGAUUCGUGAAUUAAUGUCAAAAAUUUUCCGGAUUAAUUCCUCGAAAAUUCAGAAAAAUCAAUAGUAUCAUCAAAGUCUCCCAGAUCCUGUCACCCAAAUGACGAAACAACAAUGAUGAUUCAUCAAAAAUCCCAGGAGCCUUCCCCCCCGCCCCAAAUUUCCGGGAACGAAUCCACCGAAAAAUUUCCAAACGUUGAAAUAAAAAUGCAAAUCUUGAUCGAAAAUCCCGGCGCAUUUAAUCCCAGAAAUUUCCGAGAACGGAUCCAUCAAAAAAAAUGUCUACACCGAUGCAACGAAGACUGUUGCCGCGUCUAACCCCAGCUAUCUAUGUAAACCCAUGAAGGACGAAGCUACGAGGUCGUCCCAUGAGUAGGGGAAUACCUCCAAGAGGCCGGUUGUUAGCCCCUCAUCGUCAGUAAUAUCCUAGUAAGAGCAAUAAUAGUAGUCGACUGGCUCCACCUAAGAGUGGGAUAUUUUCUCGUUGAGAUACUCGACACCAAAGACCCACCACCAUUCUGAGGAGUCUGAAUUCUCCCACCACCACCUCAAACAGCUACCUGUCUCCAAGAAAGAUACAGAUUGACAUACUAUUAUAUAUUUUUUCCCCCUGGAUUUCACUCUUUUUCUCUCCACCGUCGAUCAAAAUGGCUCAAGCGACGGAUAAAAAACGAAUCUCCGAGUCUCCCUGGGUCUCAUCGUUGUGACUAGCAUCAGUUCACCGAUGACUCCGGGUACUGUUGUCUCCAGUAUCAUUGGCCUCACUCUACAAUACCCCAUAAAGUGUACGAGGAGUGGAGGCAGAGGAGGAGUAGACGAAGAAGACGCAGAAGGAGAAGAGUCGAGGACGAGAGUGGAAACGCCACUGAGUAUUUCUGACCCCUCGGGAGUCGUCGUUGACCAGUCUGGGUGAUCGCAGGCCACUGAGAGCCUCUUCAAUACCGGAGGACCUCCACUUGGUCCAUUGGAGACAAAAGCUGACUCAUUCCCACGAUUGUAUCAACCCAAGGAGAUAUCGUAUUGACAUUAAAACCCCAGGAGGAAAGAGAAAUGGUUAAAGGAGGAAAAAUGACGAAAACAAAACUGGUUCCACCGGACGGUGGAUGGGGCUGGGUUGUCCUGAUAUCUGCCCUUUCUGUCAACUUCCUCAUCCCCGGUACGGUCAAGUCCUUCGGCGUUCUCUUUGUCGAGUUUCUCCAGGUCUUCAAGGCUUCACCCACCUCAGCAUCGUGGAUGCCCGCCCUCUGCUACUUCCUCUACAGUUCACUCGGACCACUAUCCAGCGUCCUCUCCAUGAAAUAUUCCUACAAAACGGUUACGCUAAUAGGCGGUGCCUUUGCCGCCAGUGGAAUGAUGCUCAGUUAUUUCGCCACUUCCGUGUCCUAUCUCUAUGUUAGCUACGGAGUGAUGGUGGGCAUAGGUGCUGGCCUGACCUUCCCCCCGACAGUCUACAUCGUGACCGCCUACUUCGAGAGACUCCGUGGUUUUGCAACAGGCCUCUGCAUAUCCGGAAGUGCAAUCGGAACAAUCGUCCUCCCCCCGUUCCUGCAGUUUCUUCUGAAUCACUUCGGUCACAGAGGCGCAGUAUUGAUUAUGGGUGCAAUUACGUUGAAUACACUGGUGUGUGCGUUUCUUUAUCAUCCGGUGGAGGAGCACAUGAAGGAAGUGGCCAUUGACGGAAUCGACAAUGAGGCGUUGACUCUAGAAGAAAACGAGUCAACAAAGUCGCCCCAAAUGAUGAUAGAAAACAUCAACGAAAUUAAGCCCGCGCAUUCCUCUGGUCACGAUCGCCUGGACGAUCUCUCCAAAGAGCUGGAGCGAAAGCUGAGCACAACCCAAACGGCUGAAGACUGCGGGCACAACAAAGAACUCGACCCCCCGAUCCCCGAGAAAAUGGAAAACGUCGAGAACAACGAGAACGAGAAGAAUUGCCUGGACGAAACGGCAACCGCCAUGACCUGCGAGGCUGGUACCAUCAAGGUGAUCACCCCAGGAGUCAUCCCGACCCCUCCCUUAAGCCGCACCAACUCAGCGAGAAAGAGCGCGAAAGGCGGCUUCCACUUGUCCCGCCAACACAGCAUUGUUUCCGAAAUGGGCCCGAUAGCCUUGACCCCUCGGAUGAACGUCCCGAACAUGUUCAGAAGACUCUUCAAGACGCAGGAGAGAAAGAAGCGAAGAUCCAGAACGAGCGCUAAAUCCGAAGCCCUAGAGGUGACGAAGGAGUCGUCAACCCGUAAGAACUCUAACACGUCCGACAGCUCCUCCAGCAGCGCAGAGAGCACCAGUUCAGCGAAGAACUUCUUCGACCUGAGUGUGCUGAGGGACCCCAUCUACCUGGUGAUCCUGAUAUCAAACUCGACGUCGGCGAUCAGCAACACCAACUUCAUGAUUCUCCUGCCGUCUUACGCGAUCUCCGAAGGCUUCGACAGGAACUCGGCGGCUUUGCUGUUGUCGAUUGUUUCGGCGUUGGACUUGGUGGGAAGGAUUGGAGGGGCUUCGCUGUCGGACAUAGACUUUAUACCAAAGUAUUAUUAUUUUGUGGGGGGCUUGGGCCUCAGUGGAAUCGCCCUUGCGCUCCUGCCGAUGGCGACCACCUACACCAUGCUGUCCUUCUUCUGCGCGCUGUUCGGCUUGUCCUCGGGGAUGUACAUCGGCAUCACCACAGUCAUCCUGGCGGACAUGCUGGGGACGGAGAAGCUCAGUUCUUCUUACGGAAUAUCUUUGUUCGUUAAUGGGGUUCUUCAGCUGAUCGGACCACCCGUCUGCGGUGUUAUCUACGAACAGGUCGGCACGUACAAGCCGAUCUUCCUGGCUUUUGGGAUCAUUCUUAUACUGGGGACAGCCCUGUGGGCUGCGGUCCCCAUCAUCAGGAGGAACAAGAAGGAGAUCGACGUUGCUUGACGACGAUGAAGGACUAUUGAUUGCAUUCUGCCAUAUGGAAGUUAACUCAUCUUAUUAUCGUAUUAUUCGUUUCAUUACUCCACUUUAGACGUUUAUAUCAUUUGUAUUUAUGUCUAGUCAUGUAUGUUAAGGAAUUGUACAAAAAGGAAUGGAGGGAGCAUUCUCCGGGGUGCUUCUACUGCUCAAGCUUAGUCCGUCCAUUGUGGGGGGGAUUAAUAUGGAAUUUCUGGGGAUUUUUUAAUUAGUUGUCUGUACUUAACAGUCCGCGGUCCCGACAUCCUAUGGGUUUUCAGUGAAUUUUUGGUCGUAAACAUAUUUUCGAGCCACAUUUUUCGCAUGAUUUCGACGUAAAUGUGCCCAUUUUUCUCUUCACAUUUCUAGUUUUAUUUUUAUAAAUGUAUUGUCACAUGAAAAAACCAAUGAACUUCGUACGAAAUAGUUGUCAAACAUUGAAAUGCGAUGAAAAGUGUGGCUCGCUAAAACUUUCACGGAUAAAAUCCGGGAAAAGUAACUCCUCGAAAACCCAAUUAUAGAUAUAAUUCUCAUUACUCAUGUGUUUGUCCUCUUUACUCAAUGCCAUUCAUCAGAGGCCAUCCUUUAGUAAUUCCACGGAUGCAGAUGGACCCUAACGAGAAUUUAAUGAUAAGUGUAUUUUUAUUCUCCAUUAUUAUGUAUUACUGCACUGGUAUGACUCAUGUAGAUUAAUCAUAAUUAAGAAUGCAACGUGACAAUUGAAAAUGACUCUUGUGAUUGUAUGAAAUGAAUCAGUCGUACAUGUCAAAAUGAAUGAGAUGAUUUUAUUCCCUAGUAUCUCCGAUAAGUCUUCAAUUCUCAAUUUUAUACAUUUACAAUGAGAGGUAUGAAUGAAAAACAAUAAACUGAAUGUAUUACUUCA